ACUGCACAGAGAAGUCGUUCCUGCUAGCGGACCUCAUGAGUGCUUAAUAAGUAAAGCAUGAUCUGGUAGGCUUGGCAUUGAAUCACCGUGGUCAUGCUUCUAGAGCGCUGCUGUUUACCACCACUCUUGUUGUCCUUUCAUUUCUGCAAAUCUGAAUCAGAGUUUUUCCUUGUGGUCAUGGGAUUUCUCCCUUAUCAGCUUGUUUGCCCAUGCUACAGGCUGUAAACUGUAAAGAUGCCCUGGAGGGAAUUGUUGUGGACUUUAUUAUAACUGUGAAAUGGCUAUUUGAGGAUGAUUUCUACGGGAACAGUUCCACUUCUGUGCUGGCAGAGACGAGUGAACAUGCAGGCAAUGUAGCAGUAAAGGUGGCCUGAUCUUUUUUAGCAGGUUUUUGCAAAAGAAGUACUGGCAUGUUUUGGUGCUAAAGGGGAUUACCAAAGUUGGCAAUGGGCGACUUUGACAAGAUCUGGCGCGAGCACUGUGAAGAUGAGCAGACGCUGAGUGAGUACGCCCUCGCCAUGAAAAAUCUUGCCGACAACCACUGGACCAAAAACUGCGAAGGAGAGGGACGCAUUGAAUGGUGUCGCAGUGUCUGUCAAGAAUAUUUUUUGGAUGGCGGGAUAAAAAGAGUGUUAGAAAAGGAUGAGAAAAGUGCGAUGCUUGCCAUGGGUCUGGCUGCAGCAUCUGUAAGUGCCCAACCAUACAGCACCAUCCCCAGUUCUAUCUCUCAGCUGGGGAAAAUGCGCCUUCUUGACGUGGGAAGCUGCUUCAACCCUUUCUUGAAGUUUGAUGAAUUCCUUACAGUUGGUAUUGACAUAGUGCCUGCAGUUGAGAGUGUGUACAAGUGUGACUUCCUCAACCUUCAGCUCCAGCAGCCGCUUCAGCUGGCCAGUGACGCGGUAGAGGCCUUUCUCCGCCAGCUCCACAACCCCAUCGACACACUGCCUGCCCAGCUUUUCCAUGUGGUGGUCUUCUCACUGCUCCUGUCCUACUUCCCCUCACCUUACCAGCGCUGGAUCUGCUGUAAGAAGGCCCAUGAGCUGCUGGAGCUGCAUGGCCUGCUGCUCAUCAUCACGCCCGACUCCUCCCACCAAAACCGCCAUGCCCUGAUGAUGCGCAGCUGGCGCGUUGCGGUGGAGUCCCUGGGUUUCAAGCGCUACAAAUACAUCAAGUAUUCCCACAUGCAUCUCAUCGCCUUCCGUAAGGUGUGUCUGGCCACCACCAGCGACCUGGUGUCACGCAACUACCCAGAGAUGCUCUACAUCCCUCAGGACUUCCACUCCAAUGAGGAGGAAGAGUGUGCCGAUGUGCCCGUGCAAGUGCGCUCCGAGUUUGAGGAUGACCAGAUGGCUUGGGGCUUCACAGAGCUACCUGACACGCCCUAUGAUUCAGAUUCUGGGGAGAGCCAGAGCAGCUCGGUGCCUGGCUUCCAUGAGCUAGAAGACCCCAUCCUUCUUCAGAGCUAGGCUAAACUAGCUAAGUUGCCCCCCACCCCCCCCCCCCCCCUCUCCUUUUCUGUACUUAACUGUCACCUCCCCUUCAACUGCUGCGCUGCCAAAUUUAACCUGCUGCAUUAUUCUCCCACUUCUCCUCCCUCUCCUCAAAACAAUGCAGUUUGCACAGUGUGAAAGAGAGAAGUUUACAGAUUAUAUUCUCGUAGCCACACUCCUCUGAGAUUACACACACAUACACACACACAUAUACACACAUACAAACACACACUAAGAUGGAUAUAUUUUGAUAAAUAUCUAGAUUUUUUAAGAGUUGGAAAGUGAAUGCCCUUAAGAUAUCUAAACUCCCUGCUCCUUGAUUUCCAUACCACCUUCCAAUCAGCUUUCAAUAACAAAAGUCAGCUUGUCUAUAUUCUGUACUCAGUCUCUAUUUGAAUAAGCUAGUGUGGCAGGCUGCUUUGUACAAAAGACAAAUACAGCAGUCUGACAGGAGUUUGAUUGCACUGGAGGGACUGAGAUGGAACAACUGGACUGGUACGCUUGCUUCUGUCAGUCAUGCGGCUAGACUUUCUGAAAAUUCUUGAUGUGCAUUUAGUUUUCCAAGACAAAAAAAAAAAGUUAAUUUUUUGAAAUAUAUAUAUUCUCAACAUUCAAAACAUUGGUGUUGUCCAGUGUAAAGUGUGGCAGUGCCAUUUUAACUUGGCAUCCUUUGAAUGAUUUGUGUACAUUUUACAAGAAAGUGGUAUUUGUAGCAUUUUAAACAUUUUCAGAACCAUACAGUAGGAGUAUUAUUAGGUUUACUAAUGUGAAACUGUAACUGUGUUUACUCAUUGUGUAACAAGGUACGAGUGUUUCAAAGUAGGUAUUAGACUUCUUUUCCUCCUCUCGUCCUCACAAAUAUUUAGACUGAAUUAUCUCCUGUUAGAUUUCCAACAUGUUCUCUUGCAGAGAAAUAGUACAACACUGCAAGUUGGUGACCCAUAUAAAAUGGACUUUAAAAGCACCAGUAUCCUUUGACACAAUUUUGUAACUUUGAUGUGAAACUACAUUAAGUACUCUGCCUCCAAAAAAAUCCAGAUCUGAGCUCCUCACAGAAAAUGCACCUUGACAGAAGAGAUUUGCACUAAUUUUCUGUUUUGUCAUACAGAACCUCUGAAACAGGUGAGAAACUGUAGAUUUUAGCAAUAGCAAGCGAGACCAGAUCUGAAGAUACAGUAUGCUGCGGGCGGUUUUAGCUAAAGACACUACCGGUUGAAAUGUUAGUUAAUAAUGUUACACAUAAGUGUGUGUCCUGCCUGUCCCUGAAUGGGCUAAAUGUGAGUGUGGUUGGGUUUGUCAGUGUGAAUGAAGGAAUGAAUUUACGUUGAUGUGUUAGUCAGUGGCACUUUAUCAUUGAUCCCAAAGGCUGUCACAGAAUGUAAUUAUUUUCCUAUGAUGACAGUUGUACAACCAAUAUGAUGGGCCCAUGUGAUAAUGCCAGUAAGUCUAAGGUGCCUUCUUUGUGCACAUUUACUGUAUGUUGCAAGCAGACGUUCAUGCCCUUGGAGAAAAUUAAACACCUUUGUCAUAGUAAUGGAUAACAAGUAGCAUUUCCAGUGUUGGUGUAAUGCAGUUAUUGCCAUUCCCAUAUCAUAUUCCAGUUAAUGCACAUCUCUCUGCUGAUAUGUUCUCUUUUUUUUUUUUUAAACAGAAAAAAAUAUAUAUUUCACGGUACCACACAUAUUUAGACUUUGAAGUUUUGUGAUUGAAUUGGUGCAUUUGUCUUCCAAUGUUUCUUUUGGUCCAUUUGCAUGAGUUGUUUAAUCUUCAUUAUCAACAUUUUCUUCAAUGCAGAACAAUGUGUGCUUAUAGUAUGGUUGUAUUUUUUUCUUUUAUAAAUGAAUGUAAAUGUAA